AUGAUUACAGAUUCGAUCACCAACGCCUCUGCUACUGCAGCUCCUGGCGCGAGGGAUUCCGGGAAAAAGAAGAGGAACCAUAAGUCGGCGAAGAUUAAGCAGAACAAGCUCGGUCUCCGCCGUGAGCAAUGGCUUUCUCAAGCUUCGGUGAUCAAUAAGGGAUGUAAAGAGGAGGCAAGUGCCAAUCGCAGUGAGAAAUCUGAUCAGAGAGAGAAUUUAGAUGGGGUGCGUAGAGAAGAGGAUAGUAGUAGCGGUGGGAAUGUUCAUCAUCACCAGAGCUUUAUGGAGUCGCCUUCUAAUAGCUCAAUGGGAUGCACAGAUAUUAGCACUAAUUUCAGUGGGAGAAGCAGCAGGAGUAGUAGUAGUAGCAGUGGCUUUUGCUCUGGUAACAUAACAGAGGAGGAGAAUCUAGAUGACGAUGACGAUGAUGAUUGUGCGGAUGAUUGGGAGGCUGUUGCUGAUGCAUUAGCUGCUGAGGAAGAGAAGUCUGUCAAGGAGGAGCAAGAGAGUGUUGCACAGUCAGCUUCUAAUGUGGUCAGUGAUGCAAAUCAGGAUUGCUUGAGAGUGUCAUCGAGGAAGCAGGAGAGCAAUCGAGCUUGGAGGCCAGACGAUGACCAUCGUCCUCAGGGGUUACCUAAUCUGGCGAAGCAGCUUAGUUUCCCGGAGCUGGAUAAGCGUUUUAGCUCUGUGGCGAUUCCUUCUUCGUGUCCUAUCUGCUAUGAAGACUUGGACAUGACGGAUUCGAGUUUCCUUCCAUGUCCUUGCGGAUUCAGGCUGUGUCUCUUCUGCCACAAGACGAUCUGCGAUGGAGAUGGGCGUUGUCCAGGCUGCAGGAAACCGUAUGACCGGAAUAUGUACAAGGCUGAGACUAGUAUUGAAGCUGGUGGCUUUACAAUUCGUCUGGCUCGUUCGUCUAGCAUGUUUUGCAGGUUUUAA